AUGGAAUUAAAAAGAAACUUUAAUGAAGAAAACUGGAGAAGACAUGAGCAUGCCGUGCUCCAGCAGCAGCAGCAGCAGCAGCAGCAGCAGCAGCAGCAGCAGCGGCGGCAGCGGGUGUGCGGGGUCCGCCUCGCGGACGGCAGGGAAGUCCGAGCUGCUGCUGUUGUGCUUGCUGCUGGCACUUUUCUAGAUGCUGCUGUUGCUGUCGGCAGCAGCAAAGUUGCGGGGGGGCGCAUGCACUCUGCAGCAGAGGCAGCAGCAGCAGCAGACGCGCGCCACCCGCUGCGCCUCCAGCAGCAGCAGCAGCAGCGGCAGCAGCAGCAGCAGCAGCAGCAGCUGCCUCCAGCCAUCUGCAACGUCGAACCAGCAGCAAAAGGACUCGCGAAGGCGCUGCACCGCCUGGGCCUACAAACUACCUACUUUAAGACAGGAACCCCCGCUCGGCUGCUGGGGUCUUCCGUGGACUUCUCGAAGCUGGAGCGGCAGCCGUCGGACCCGACGCCGCGUCCGUUUUCAGGUGUACAUACACCUGAGCAGCUGCGGAGGCGCAGCAAACUCUGGGUGGACUGUUUUGUUGGCCACACAAAUAAAAAAACUUCGGAAAUUGUGAAACUCCAUUUGCAGAGUCUUCCGCAGCACAGGGGCGACCAGGGCCGCGGAGUGGGGCCCAGGUACUGCCCCUCCAUCGCCAACAAGAUUCGUCAGUUUCCACACAACCCCUCCCACGUGGUUUGGCUGGAGCCCGAAGACCCCUCGAUGUCAGUGAUAUACCCCGGGGGUUUGUCGGGAGCCUUUCCUGCUGCAGUGCAGCAGCAGCUGCUGCAGUCCGUGCCGGGGCUGGAAGCAGCAGUGCUGCUGCGGCUGGCCUACGAUGUGGAGUACUUGGUAGUUAAGGGCAGCGAGGUGCAGCAGACGCUGCAGGCCAAGAAUGUCGAGGGCCUCUUUGUUGCAGGACAAGUCCUGGGGACCACAGGAUAUGAAGAAGCAGCAGCACUGGGCCUCCUCGCGGGCUGGAACGCGGCGCUGUUUGCCCUUGCGCAGAAGGCUGGAAGCAGGAGAACUGCAGCAGCAGCAGCACGAGCAGCAGGAGCUGCGGCAGCAGCAGCUCAAGCGUCAGAAGCCGCAGCAGCAGCAGCAGCGGCGGCGGCGGAUCCCGCUGCUGCUGCUGCUGGCGAGCCGUCCGGAGCAGCAGCAGCAGCUUCGGAGUCUUUGCAAGCAGCUCCCGCUUCUCCUCCCGCAGGCAGCAGCAGCAGCAGCGGCGACAGCAGCAGCAGCGGCGGCGGCGGGAGCCAGCAGCCGGCAGCAGCAGCAGCAGCAGCAGCUGCUGCUGCUGCACUGCCCCCCUUCGUGGUGCUGGACCCCCUGCAGUCCAUGACCGGGGCAGUGGUCCAGCAACUGACCAGUGGUCACGCUCAAGAGCCGCUGCGGGCUUUUGCUGCUCGCCUUCGCUCGCGGCUGCGGGUCCGCUGCGACAACGCAGCAGAGCGGCUGCUGCCUGCUGCGCUGCAGGGGGGCCUUUUUGCUGCUGCCCACAAAAGAGUUCGCCGGGAGCAGCAGCGGAUUCGCCACGUCAACAGACUCACGCAGCUCGUGGGCCAAUUUGAACUGUCAGCUUCGCGGUGGUCUUUUUUGCUUUCGCGAGCAAUAUCUUGUUUGGAGCAGCUGCAGCAGCACGCCGGCGCUGCUGCUGCAGCCACGCCAGCAGCAGCAGCAGCAGCAGCAGCGACAACAGCAGCAGCAGCCUCAGCAGCAACGCCGGCGGGCUUGGCCGCAGGCUGGUCUGCGGGCGGCGCUGCUGCAGUGCCCUCUGCUGCUGCUGCUGCAGCAAACGGGUUUCCUGCUGCUUACGCGCAGCUAAUCCACGCCCCGCUGCAGCUGCUGCUGCUGGGCCUCAAAGCCUGGGCAGCAGCUGUGGGGCCCGGGGCCCGCAGGUGGUCUGGGGCCCAGCUGCUGGCAGCUUUGCCUCCCGUGCUGCUGAAGCUGGAGCAGCAGCAAACCCAAGGGCAGGCUGCUGCAGCAGCAGCAGCUCCCCAGCUGCUGCCAGCUCCCCCGAAGCCCACGCAGAGGCAGCAAGCAGCAGCAGCAGAGCCGCAAGCAGCAGCAGCAGAGCCGCAAGCAGCAGCAAACAUGCGGCAAGCAGCAGCAAAUGAGCAGCACACAGCAGCAGCCGAGCAUGCAGCGGCAGCAGAGCAGCAAACAGCUGCAGCGGAGCAGGACGCAGCAGCAGCAAAGCAGCACGCAGCAGCAGCAAAGCAGCACGCAGCGGCAGCAGAGCAGCACGCAGCGACAGCGGAGCAGCAGACAGCAGCAGCAGAGCAGCACGCGGCAGCAGCAGAGCAGCACGCGGCAGCAGCAGAGAAGCAAACAGCAGCAGCAGACGCAAACGAGCCCCCAGCGAAGUCCCCAGCGGGGGCCCCACAGGGGGCCCCCCCGCAGGGGCCCCCUCGGGGGGGCCUCCAGGGGGCCCCCCGGGGGGGCCCCCCGGGGGCCCCUGAGGAGGCCCUAGAACAAAGAGAAGCAGCAGCAGCAGAGUCCAACGAAUUGAUUCCUGAAGUCAUCAACAGAGAACUUUAUCCUUUUUUGUGUUUGGAAGAAAUCGAAAAUCUGCAGCGCCAAAAACCCCACACUUUCCGGGAGGCGCAUUUGCUGGGCUCUCUGCGGCCCUCUUCUUUGCUGCAGCUCUUCCGGGCGAAGCGUCAGCAGCAGCAGCAGCAGCAGCGGCAGCAGCAGCAGCAGCGGCAGCAGCAGCAGCAACGACAGAGGCAACAGCAACAGCAACAGCAACAGCAACAGCAACGGCAACAGCAACAGCAGCAGCAGCAGCAGCAGCAGCAGCAGCAGCAAGGGAGUGAAUAG